AUGAGCUCCGGCGAACUCCUCCAGAUACAUCCUCAGGAGCUACAGUUCCCUUUUGAAUUGAGGAAGCAGAUCUCAUGUUCUUUGCAAUUAUCUAACAAGUCAGAUAAUUAUGUAGCUUUCAAGGUGAAGACUACAAAUCCAAAGAAGUAUUGUGUUAGGCCUAACAAUGGAGUUGUGUUGCCUAGGUCUACUUGUGAUGUUACAGUUACAAUGCAAGGCCAAAAGGAGGCACCUCCUGACAUGCAAUGCAAAGAUAAGUUUCUCCUUCAAAGUGUAGUUGCAAGCCCAGGAGCAACGACGAAAGAUAUCACUCCGGAAAUGUUUAAUAAAGAGUCCGGCUAUGAGGUUGAUGAGCGCAAAUUGAGAGUUGUCUAUAUUGCUCCUCCGCAACCACCAUCCCCAGUUCGUGAAGGAUCUGAUGAAGAUUCGUCUCCUCGAGCAUCUGUAUCAGAAAAUGGACAUUCAAGUGCUGUGGAAUUUCAGGCUUCAAAAGCUUUCAACGAACGGGUUGAACAAAAGGAUGCUUCAUUUCAGGCAAGAACACUUACUUCAAAGGUGAUUGAGGAGAGGAAUUCUGUUGUUGAGCAAAAUAAAAAGCUUCGGCAAGAACUGGAGCUUUUGAGGCGUGCGCCCAACAGCGGUGGUAUACCCUUUAUGUAUGUAGUUAUUGUUGGCUUGGUUGGCAUCAUUUUGGGUUACCUAUUGAAGAGAACAUGA